AAUCGAGAGCGUCGAAACACGAAGCGAGAUCAGACUGACUUCGCGAAAAUCGAUCGGGCGCUCAUCGUCGUCGGGUUAGCGACGCCUGCAGGAAAGCGUGUGUCCAUUAGAACGACGCGGUGUUCGCGUGAAACGUCCGCUGGUCGGCUCCGACGUCGAGCGCUCCCUCGACGUUGCUCCAAAUGCCGACGGAAGCCUCGUGUUCGCCUAAACACGGGAACCUUCCUGCCAGCCUGACCGUAAAGUCGCGAUAGCCACGGUCGCGAGAAGGUGAUCCAGUGAAACGGUUCCUCCGAGUGCGUGGAUGUGCGCGCGUGUACGUACGUGUGUAUGCGUUGAAUGCCUCCGCGAAGAUCGAACGGAAGCUGUCGAGGCCUUCGAAGGAACGAGGAAAGGAAGGAACGGGGGGGUGUAGCGUAAGGUGACGGCCUCGAGGAGACACGGAGUUGUCGGACGGAACGAGAAAGCACGGUAGCCCAUAGACAGAUUCCUACCAACCCCUGCGAGGCACUCUCUGCGUGUCCUCGACGUUAUCGCCAUUGUCGAAGCGCGGUGUGGCGAGUUAACGAGAGCCGGCGCUGCCGGGACGACAAUAAUUUUUGAGAAACGUUUAUAUACACCGACCCACUAACUGGGAACAGGGUGGCUACCCUUCGUGCAGCCGUGUUCUCCGGCCUCCUACGUCGAUGUAAGUAGCGGAUUCGAGUCGCGAUCGAAGCUGGACGUGUUUUUCUACGAGCCAAAGAAGAGAGAAAGGGGUAAGGGGUGUUUGCAAGCGCGAAGGAUCCUCGAUGCACGCCGGGAACGAGAGGCGAACGGCAGUUUAAUCGCACCAGCAGAAUUAAUCGGUGAGCGUGUCCUGUGCCCUGUCCCCUGCCCCUCGUCGGGGUUAUCCUACGCUCGGAGGACACCGCACGAGGACGAGGCGAAGGAGGAGGUGGGGUGGAGGCCGUCUACCUCUCGACGUGGAAUGAUAAUAAAGGAGAGCCACAGGACAGGCCGGCGUGGGGUGACAUUAUGCGAGGAGUGGAUUUGAAACUAACCAAGUCACCCCUCAGACUGUUCCCCUUUGGGAUGGCAAUAGGAGCGCUCGCCGAUGUCGCCGUCAAGCUCGUCAUCAGCGGUUACAUACUCGCCGUGGUCGUCUACGUGAACGCCACCGGCAACUGGGACAAGGACGAUGACUUAGUCGCAACUUUCGAAGUCAGCGCCGUUCUUGGACGCACCGCUAGAUUGCCUUGUGACAUUGAACCGUCCACGCGCGAGGAUCGCGUAUACAUGGUGCUUUGGUUUCGCGACGAUGCUGUUCAACCAAUUUACAGUUUCGACGUGCGGGGCAGGGCGUUCAACAAAGCUCUGAACUGGUCGGACAGCAACGUCGUUGGGCCAAGGGCUUAUUUCGUGACCGUGACGAAGCCAGCCGCUCUUACCCUGGAGGCGGUUCAGCUGGACGACGAGGGAAUCUAUCGGUGUCGGGUGGACUUCAAGAAUUCGCCUACGAAGAAUUUUCAAGUUAAUCUCACAGUAAUAGUUCCGCCACAUCAACUACUGGUUUACGACAGUUCAGGGGUGGAAGUGGAGAACACCGCGGGUCCCUUCCAGGUUGGCGUAGAGUUCGAGCUGUCUUGCGAAGUUAGAGGAGGCAAACCAACGCCAGUGGUGAGCUGGCUAGUGAAUGAGAAAGAAGUGGACAGUAGAUUAGAAGAGAUCGCUCGGAACAUCGUCGUCAGUAAAUUGAAGAUACCGCAGCUGAGGAGGGAGCACCGUAACACAACUUACAAAUGUCGAGCCUCCAACACGCACCUUAUACCUCCCUUAGAGAAAACCGUCCUCUUGGACGUUUACCUGAAACCAUCGUCGGUGAAGAUCCUGUCGAAACCCGAGAUCCUCGAGACGGAGAAGGACUACUCCAUCGCCUGCGAGACGACGGGGUCGCAUCCUCGGGCUCGAAUAAGCUGGUUGGAGGGAAACACCGUUUAUCGUAGUGGCAAAGUACUGGACGGAGGAAACGCUUCGGUGGUCCUAAGUACGCUCAUAUUCUCGCCAGUCCCCGACGACCACGGGAUGAUCCUGAAAUGUCGCGGGGAGAAUCCAUCACUGCCAAACGCAUACUUAGAAGACUUCUUUCAAUUAAAUGUAGUUUUUCCACCUAAAGUACAGCUGCACCUGGGCAGCACCCUAAACGCAGAGAAGAUAAAAGAGGGCGACGACGUCUACUUUGAGUGCAAGGUCCGAGCUAACCCGGAACACCACAAAAUCACGUGGAGACACAAUGAUGCAGUAUUAACGCAAAAUUAUUCAGCUGGGAUAAUCAUGAGCACUCAGAGCCUGGUGCUACAGAAGAUAGGCCGCGACAACGCGGGCAAUUACACGUGCCUAGCGAGCAACGAUCGUGGGGAGACCACCAGCCCUGUAGUCACCCUGCGAGUACAGUUCGCUCCAGUUUGCAAGGCGAAGGAGGUGUCCAUCAUCGGCGCGUCGCUGGAGGAGUCCGUGAAGGUCCGCUGCGAGGUCGACGCCGAUCCAAAUGAAGUAGAGUUCGUCUGGGAGUUCAACAACAGCGGGGAGAACUUCGAGGUGGCUCCAGCGAAGUUCGACGGUAACAACGGGACGAUGAGCGAGCUCGUUUACACCCCAAUGUCCGAGAGGGACUAUGGCGCCUUGACGUGUUGGGGUAGGAACACUAUUGGGAAGCAGGAAGCGCCUUGCAUCUAUCAGAUCAUCCCAGCAGUUAAACCGAAUCCUUUGAACAAUUGCACGAUAAAGGAGUCGUUGAACCAGAGCUCCGAGAUACUGGUGGUCGAGUGCGUGCCAGGGUACGAUGGAGGACUGAGACAAGAGUUUCGACUGGAGGCCUACGAGGUCGUCACCGGAAAUCUGCGAGUGAACGCGUCCAGCGUAUCCGCCGACGUGCCGUUAUUUCGUAUAGCCGUAGCGGAUCUUCUUCCAGCUACGCAUUUUUACUUAGUCACGUAUGCUGUGAACGCCAAAGGACGUAGCGAGGUGAGCUUGCUAGAGGACAUCAUGCUGAGGGACUCCGAGAAACAUACAGACAGUGGAGUGAGCAUGGUACCGCUUAUCCUGCUCCUCAUCGGAUGCCUAAUGGCGCUCGGUAUCACUGUGCUCUCAGUGAUGUUGAUGAUGUACCGACGCAGAGGUACAACAUCCCCAGUGCACAUCGAACCCUACAUGAAACAACCGAUAAUCACACCGCCAGACUCGAGGAACAACUCGAUGCUCGACGUCACGCACGGGGAUCACACUUACUUCGUCGAGUACACGCUGAAACAGGUCACCGAUUACGCGCUCAACAAUCAACCAGACAUCAUACAGUCACCGCAAGAUCAGGAGAAAAUCAAACGUGAACCACAAUUGUUUCUACCUGUGAGACCAGACACGCUCUUCGCGCCGUACGACAUCCACAAACAAGGACUUCAAACUAACAGAUGCAGCUUAAACCCCUUCUCCGCGAAGUCUUGGGAACCUAUUAGCUUUAAGGCUGACCGUAACUUAAUGAAGGAGAUCAUUAUUGCCAACUCUAUACCUGGUCCGGAAAGUUGCGUGUAAAAAAUCAUUUAAAAAGAAGAACGAGCAAACAUAUCAGAAGGACCGAUCUCGAAGUCUAAACAAUCGUACUGUCGAUCACCGACCGACGAUGGACAUACACGAAACGAAUUGCAACUGGUUCUGUCGCACGUGAAAUGACACGGGACGGACAUAACGACGCAACACGCAGCGUAAAGGUCGAACGCCUAGUCGUCAAAAAUACACGGAACCGAAAACGAUCUAGGAAUCAUCAAGAUGACUAGUUGCAUACUAACUAAACGCUACACACGGUGUAUUAUUCCAAGUUUAAUAUAUUUUGUGUCAAGUCU